AAGGAAAUGUUACCAGAUACUUUGGACUUUGAUCGGAUUUGCCGAAUAUGUUUAUCGAGUUCGGAGAAUUUAACUGACUUAUUCAGUUCCGGAGAAGAUCUGAUCCAUUUGUUAGCUUCAAUGACAACUUUAUCUUUUACCGCCAAUGAUGAUUUGCCACAACAUAUCUGUCCAUUUUGUUCGCAUCAAAUACAAACUACUCGAUAUUUCAUUUUGAAAUGCCAAGAAUCUGAUCGGAAGUUACGAUUAAGUUUACAAAAUUCAUCGAUUGAAAUUGACGAAGACAAAUUCAGAAAUGAUACGCAGAAAGUUUCGAACAAUUCGAAUUCAGAUAAUGCUGAAGGUCAAACAAAACUCCAAUCCAAGAACGACAAUUCCCGAAGUAAACGUGAUUCGAACGGAACGAAAAAGCACACCAAAGAAUCUGACAAAACAACCGCAAGGUCUUACAAAUGCAUACAUUGUCCACACGAAUAUUCAUGCAAUGAAACACUUUUGGAGCAUAUGAAAAGCCACAAUCAGGAUGAUGUACCACUUGCAGAAAAUUCGAUGGUUCCAGAGAAUUCAUCGAAACUCCAACAUUUGUGUCUGAUAUGCAACAAAACUUUUGCCAAGCUAAUGAAUUUAGAACGACACAAAAAGAUACAUGAAAAUUGCAAAAGAAAGCAAAUGAAGCAUGCUAACCAUUUUAAAGUUCAUAUGCGAUCGCAUCGUAACUCUAGUAUAAAACCAAGCCAUUCCACUGAUGAAACAACUGGAAACAAGAAACAGUUUUUAUGCUCAAUUUGCGGGGUAAAUUGUACAUCACGUAGUAAUUUGGCUGUCCAUACACGCCGUCAUACUGGAAUUAUGACAAAUUUUUGUAGCAUUUGUGGCAAAGGCUACCCUAGAUCGACUGAUUUGACCAUUCACAUGAGGAAGCACACAGGAGAGAAACCAUUUUGCUGUAAAAUUUGUAACCGUGCUUUCGCCCGUUCAGAUAAACUCACCAUUCACGUUAGAACUCAUACAGGUGAGAAGCCGUACGAAUGUAAAAAUUGUAAGAGAGGUUUUUCCCAGAGAAAUGACCUAAUCUCACACCAACGACGCAAUGUGUGUGGAUCCGAGAGUACUACAGAUAAUAAAACUUUUAUUCAAUGAGAAAUUUUCCAUAGUUGUAUCAUGAAACCAAUUGAAAGGAAUUGGAAGGAGGCGUUGAGUGCAC